CCGGACUUCCGAGGGGGGUGGUCCAGUCGGCCCAGUCAGUUUCGAGCAUCACACGUAGCAGUCAGUCGUCAUGCAAGCGAUGCAGGCGCUCUUGGCGGUGUCCAACACCAAGCAGUGGCCCGAGAACAUCAUCAACGACCCAGAUAUCUUAUCGCUCGACGUCAAUGGCGAGUACGUAGUCUGCAAGAUCUGUAGCGAGAUCGACAAGGCCCGUGAAGGCUCUCGAAUUGUUCGAAUGAACGGCCCGUACCGGACAGCGGCGUGGGAUCGUCACAAAAUGCGCAACAUGGCUCAUCGAAAACCAGGUGACCCGCCUCUUCCCUUGCUUCCGUCGUCCGGAAUAAUAAAACGCCGAAAGAAGAAAGCCGACGGUACAGAAGCCGACGAGGAUGCGCCCAUUGCCAAGUCUAUCAGCCGCAAGAAGAAACACAAGUCCGAGUUGAACACGACAUUGAGCGUCGACUUGGUCGGCACGUGCCCCGGUGCGAUCCCAUUUGAGAAGGCCACCCUCGUCCAGAAGCACUUGCGUGCCUUCCAAAUGUUUUACAUUCCAUCGCCGGUGUUUUCAAUCCACUAUGACGACACGAAGAAGUGGUUCCAGGUCCACUCGCGGUAUUGCGCCAAGGAAUUGGUACUGAAUCGGCGCGCUGACCGCGGCCAAGCGUGUGAAGCUUGCUAUCAACUCUUCACGGAUCGCCAGCGCUUAAUGUGGAAGCGCGUGACCAACACGGAGGGUUUACUGGCCACGAUUGAAGCACUGCGGUCGACAAACCACUCGGACAUCGACGCGAACGUCAUCUCGAAGUUCCUCCAGACCAAAUCGUCACUCUACAACACACGCGGCCUUGCGCUUCGGAAAGCCGCCAAGCUCGCCGUCGAGUACAUUGUGGAGCGCCGCCGCCUGAUCGAAGACAUCGAUUUGCUCGUGAUUCCGCUGGCGCAUAAUUAGCUCUAUGUGGAGUGGUUGAUCGAUUUAAAUAUUAGUUUGUUUAUUCAAACACACGGCGAAGCCACUGG